AUCUUUCUUUCUUCAAUUAUUAUUCUAGUCAUCUUCUCAUGGCGGCUCUCACCACCUUCUACCACCCACUCAGCUCACCCCACAACCAGCGUACAAUAAGACAAUCCCCAAGCAGACACAGCGUCAGAUCUCUGACUGUGAUGUCUUGUCGGAAGCAGAAAUCACCGGAAGAGAGCCAAGGAGUGAUCCAGAGAACAGUUUCAAAGAUGAUCUCAGCGGCUGAGAAGAUGGGGAAGAAUCUGAAGCCAGAGAAGAAAGGAGACAUGAAGGAUCUGAUGCUUAUGAGUCUUUCUUUUGCAGUUUACGUUUAUAUCUCUCAACUAAUGGUCUGUGCUUACUUCGCCUGGGCUCAUGUCACCCUCCCCAAUCCCUCAUGGUAGUUUAGCUUAAGAUAUUGAAUUAUUGUAAAUCCACCACAUCAUAAAUAAGAUCAAGAAGCUACAUGUCUCUCAAA